GUGACCGACGGCAAGAAAAGUGUGGCCACGUAUACGCCCCGCGAGGACAUAGACUACGGACGCAUAUACUGUUGGGCCGAGAGUAGCGCCGGUAAACAGCGAGAGCCCUGUGUUUUCUUUGUCAUACAAGCGGGACCUCCCGAUCCGCCCGACAACUGUUCCCUAACCAACAUAACCGCUCACACGCUUACCAUUGAAUGCCUGCCCGGAUAUUCCGGUGGUUUGGAUCAGAUAUUUUAUUUGGAGGUCUUCAGCGCCAAUCCGAACCGCCUGUUAGCGAACCUGAGUUCAACGGAAUAUCCAUUUUUCAUCGCUCAUGGAUUGCCGGCCGGCUAUGCCUUCCGUCUCAUCCUAUACUCGACUAACACGAAGGGAAAGAGCAAAAGCAUUACCGUUACCGGCAAUACACUACUCGCCGCUCAAUGGAAAAGU